AGGGGGUGGGUUCGCCUUCUCGUCGAUACGUAGAGUUGCGGCAGAGGCCUCUGAAGCCGCGACCUGGUGUUGCAGCGAGUCUGAGCCUAGAGGCCGCCUCUCCCGGUGGCCAAGGCCUUGGUCGAGCGCCAUGUCUGGCGGUUGGGUCAGACGGCGGUCUCGGGCCGUGCUCGAAUGCCGACGGAAUCACGAAGCAAGCGAGGCCUCUCAGCGACGGAAUGGCUCAAGAAGUAAUCGAUGUGGAUAUGCAGCUUGAGGAGGAAGCUGUCUUACCUCAGUUAAGACUCCAUGGCCCAGCUUCAAGGUCAACAGCGCCCAGCCCUGAUGACGUCUCUGGUGGCAUGGAGUCGGGAGAGCUGCCAUUAGCAGCAGGAGCUCCAAGUGCUCAGCGUGGUGGUCUGGAAGCUGCAUUACUAACUGAGGAACUUCAGAGACUGCAAGGAGCAUUGAGGACAGUAGCCCAGCAUUUUUCACUUGGGCAAAGACCUGGUCGUCAACGUAGACAGUUAAGGAGGCAAAAUCGUCGCCAAUCAAGUGCAAGUACUUCUCAGAGAUCAGUUUCAUCCAGGUCUGGAGCUUUAGAUAACUACUUUCGGGUUAAUAGGCAACAGCGCACAGUAACAGAUGGACUUGUGCAAUAUGGAGCCGAUGAGGUGAGCAGUGAAGAUUCAAGCACUGAUCAGAGCACUGAUCUCAGUGAAUCAGAGGAGAGUGGUAGCAGCACAGAAAUAGAAGAUGACUAUGGAGGAAAUGAGUCUGUGGCAACCUCUGCUCCAGCUAGCACUGUGGCAGUGGUGAAUCCUACACCAGCGCAGGGUAUUGAGAAUGAGGAUUUGCAGUCAUUACAUCAAGAGCAGGAAAGCCUGGCCAUGCAUUCAGAAGUAUUAAAUGUGAAAAAAGAUGACCCAAGUCCACAGGCUACCAGUAUGGUCUCCGAUGAAGAAGGAGAUACUUGCUCCAUCUGUUUUGAGCCAUGGACGAAUGCAGGAGAGCAUCGUCUUGCUGCUCUGCGAUGUGGCCAUCUUUUUGGGUUUACCUGCAUUGAUCGAUGGCUGAGGGGACAAGGAGGAAAAUGUCCACAGUGUAAUAAGAAAGCUAAGAGAUCAGAUGUGGUGUUACUCUACGCCCGAGUACUGACAGCUGUGGAUACCAGUGAACAGGAGCGAUUAAAGAGUGAUUUGGAUAAGGAACAAAUGUUGCGCCGUAAGGCAGAGCUGGAAUCUGCACAGUGUCGUCUCCAACUGCAAUUCUUGACAGAUGAGUGUUCUAAGUUGCGUAAACAGCUACAGGAACUGAGAUGCCUGAUGGCCAAGCACGGUCCAAAUGCUUCACAAGGUCCCUCGUGUUCCGGUAACUCACUGAGUGGCCACAUCGGUUCCAGCCAAAGUCAGUGCAAAUAUCAGUUUGAAAAAGGCAUCAUGAUUUCACAAAGUGGAAACUGUCGAGUCAUGGCCUACUGUGCUUCAAUGAGCUGUCUUGUUGUGUCCCAGCCAUCUCCUCAAACAGUAUACCUUCCUGGAUGUGGCGUGAAGAAGAUAAGUGGAGUGAACUUCCGCAGUACCCAGUACAUCCCAAUUCAUUCUAAACAAAUCAGAGGUUUGGCAUUCAGUGAUCGACAUGACAGUGUGCUCUUAUCUGCGUCACUAGACAACACUAUCAAACUAACCAGCUUGCUUGCCAAUACUGUGGUGCAGACCUACAACACUGGUCGCCCUGUAUGGAGUUGCUGUUGGUGCAUGGAUAACACCAACUACAUCUAUGCUGGAUUGAUAAAUGGCUCUAUCCUGAUCUACGACAUGAGGGACACCACUACACAUGUUCAGGAGCUCCCGCCACAGGGUUCUAGGUGUCCUGUGACAUCACUUUCCUAUCUCCCUCGAACGGCAUCUGCAGCGUUUCCAUGUGGUGGACUAGUGGCUGGCACUUUGGAAGGGGGUUGCUUUUGGGAACAGAAAUCUACAAACAGCUACAAGGCACAUUUGCUGCCUCUGGAGGCUGGGAGUUGCACAGAUAUACAGAUCGAACCCAUGAUGCGACACUGCCUUGUUACCUACAGGCCAGGUAAAACGCACAGUUCUUUACGGUGUAUCAUGAUGGAGUUGUCAAGCAGUGCCUCUCCAGAGUCGCUUGAGAAUCUCAUCUGCACCUGUUACCCGGUGCAAACGUUCAACGCUGGCCCUACAUGCAAACUUUUAACGAAAAAUGCCAUUUUCACAAGUCCUGAGAGAGAUGGCACUGUCUUGGUGUGCGCAGGAGAUGAAGCAACCAACAGUGCAAUGUUAUGGAAUGCGGGGACUGGCUCCCUCAUCCAGAAGCUUCAAGCCGACCAACCAAUACUGGAUAUCUGUCCGUUCGAGGUGAAUCAAACCAGUUUCCUGGGAACUCUGACUGAGAAAAUGGUGAAGAUCUACAAGUGGGCCUGAUGGAACUGUAUUUGUGACCUUUUUUACAUUAACUUGGCAAGGAUGGAACUCGUAAGGCCAAAUCUGCUGUUAGGUAUGAAUCACGACACCUGAUAAAAACUUUCGUCGUAUGUAGGUCUUGAUGUGUGCCAGAUCUACCCAUUUCAAUUAAUUAUCAAAAUAUUCCUGUUGCUACAAGCUGUGGCCUUUAAUUUAUUCCAUUGCUGACAAAUGUUACUAUUAAGAAUUGUGACAUUUCCAACAAGAUAAUCUUUGAAUAAGAAUAAGAACUUGAUUUUGGUACCAUCUCUCCUCCUCUUUCCUGCCCCCCCCCCCCCCCCCCCCCCCCCCCCCCCACACCCUCCCUCCCCCUUUACUAUACCUCUCCUUGCAUGGCAUUUACAGUGUUGUUUGCUUUUCAUCGAUGCACAUCUGAUUCUGGUUGCCUGGAGACCCCAAGAGGCCUGCAGCAGCUCCUCCAACUCGCUUUAUCUUUUUUUCUGCAUCUGCAGCCUGUGUCUUCACUUUAUCUCUUCGCCUUUCCCUGCUUUCAGGUGAGGAGGAUUUAUAAUCUCCCCUUUACUGAUUUGCACAAGGGCAACAGUGAAGGAACUCUCAGUAGGGUGGGAAAUCGCUGUCACCUGCUUAUGGGCCGCCGCCCCCCAGCACUGCUAUUUAAAACCAACAUUCAAAAUUCCACCUGUUCAGACAGGAAUGUGAGUUCCCACCAGCGGGAAUGCUGGAUCUUCAGAGAAUGAUUAAGAUUGCACAGCCAAUAUCACUUGAUUUGAGGAGGAAAAAUAUUUGGAUCUGUUGAUUCUCAUGGACAAAAGCAACUUGACUUGUUGCAUGAGACCUGAAAGUUGAUUUUGAUAACAUAAUGAUUGACGGGAAGUAACCAUGAUUGAGUCUGUAGGCCCAAGAAUGUUACGAGAAUCUGAUCGUUAAUUUGAUGUACAAAGUUGGAAAAUCCAUGAUGGGAGAUAUGGAAGCCGAUUUCUGGUUCUGCGCUUGAAUGAAAAUGUGCUCGUAUGCAAUAACAACUUGCAGUUUGUAUAUAAAUGUCAUUUUAUUACUAUUACAUUGAAAUAAAAAAAUUAACUGCAUGUGAAAUCCUGAUGUUUUACUCUCCAUAAUUGCUGAUUAAGUGAUAGCUGGGUUGUUGCCAUGUUGCAUCAGAUCUGGUCGUGAGCAAAAUCUGUGUGUUGGAAUUUUCAACCUGGGCUUUAACCAUUAGCACUUUCUGUUUGGUAUUGGGUGAGCCUAUGGGUUCCAGAGAUAACUUUUUUGAAGUAAUCUCUGGCAGCAAAUAGCUUGAGUACUCUCAGCAUCAAAAGAUUUUAUCCUUUGUUAAUUUUGUUCAUUAAAGCAAUAGGUCAUCUGCGUUGGAUUUUUGAUCAAUCUGGGGAUGAAAUUGAAGUUGUAUAAAUAAUACCUACUUGCACAAAGUACAAAAAGUUGGAAAAUAAUAAAUGAAGACAAUAUUUUGGGGAUAUGAAUCUUUCUUAGUGAACUGUUGGGGAAUAUGCCUAAGUGGAACCAUCUUUGAUCCUAUCAAACCCAUAAUUUUAAAGAUCUCAGUUUAAUCUCCCUCAUUUUGUACUGAAAUGUCCAUAGUAUGUGCCACUUUUUCUGAUUUAUUGUAAUCUCUUGGAUUUAGUAUCAUAUUUGUAAAUCUUUUCUAUUCAUUCUCCCAAACCCGUUUAUUCUUCUAAUAAAAUGGUGAACAGAA